ACCGGCAAAGCCAAGAAGGGGGCACGGAAACCCUCACGGGGAGCCCGCGGGCGCAACUGUCACAUCCGCAACCUGAUGGUGAAGGUGCGCGACCUGGGCCUGGGCUUCAACUCAGACGAGAUUGUGCUCUUCAAGUACUGCAGCGGGUCCUGCCACCGGGCACGCAGCAACUACGACCUGACACUGGGCAGCCUGCUGCGGCAGCAACUCAUCGCCCCGGGGCCACAGGAGCGGGUCCUCAGCCACCCCUGCUGCCGGCCCACCCGCUACGAGGCUGUCUCCUUCAUGGACGUGCAGAAUACGUGGCAGACAGUGGAGAAGCUCUCAGCAGCCGAGUGCAGCUGCAUUGGCUGA